AUGUCUCGUUCAGUUUUUACUGUAAUGAUUGUUGUAAAGGAAUCUCCGAUCCAGUCAAUCAACAACACAACAUCAAUAAUGAAUGUCAAUGAACAACGAAUUGCCGCAAUCAUUGGACAACAACUCCUUAAUGAACUCUAUGGACUGGCCUAUGAAACCGCUGGAAGAAACUUCAGAAAUGGAUACAAUCAGCACUAUGUCCCAACCUCACAUGACUCAAAUAGCGAUAACAGACCUAAUAACCGAAUGGAUGAGGAUGGUGACAAUGUCGAACUCCUGACUAUGAAAGGGGACGAAACAAUAGAUUGGAUGGCGAUGACGAUAGAGGAAAUAAACGGGGCACUAAACCAUAACCAAGAAACACUCCCACCAGCCCCGAAUACGCACCAAAUGUCAUCUGGCGAGAAUUCGAUCAGACCAUCCAAUCAGACGAUGAGGGUGGCGCAAGCGACAUCAGAAAUCCCCGACAGUCAU